AUGCCCCUGUGGGGCAGCCUGCUGCUCACUGCCAGCCUUGCCCUGGAGCCAGCACCAGAGCAGGAUGUCGCAGCAGCAUCGGAAAGCUGCAACUGCACAGGGCCCAUAGACUUCCAGGACUUCCAAGCAGCUCCGCUCUCCGAGACCUGCUGUCUCAACUUCACCAGCUCCAACAUCACCCACCUGGACUGGGGCACUGUGGCGGGAGUCCAGGGGCUGAGGGAGCUCUACCUCUCACACUGCAGCAUUACAGCCAUCAGCAAUGCCCAGGUGGUCACCCCUACCUUGGAGAUCUUGCACUUAAGUCACAACCAUCUGGAAAGUCUUCCUGGAAGCUUUUUGGAAGGCGCCCCUAAUUUGAAGGUCCUUUAUCUGGACAGAAACCAGCUCCAGGAGUUGCCCAAGUCCUUCUUGAGAGCAUCGACCCAGGUCCAGGAGGUCUACCUGGGCUUCAACGCUUUAACUUUCCUUCCUGCCAGCCUCCUGCAGCCCUCUCUGCUCCAGCUGCAGCUCUCCAACAACAGCUGGGACUGCAGCUGCGCUUUGCUCAGCACCCUGGGGAGCUGGCCCAGCCUGGACGUCGAGGUCAUCUGCCACACGCCGGAGCGGUACCGCGGCGCUGACCUCCAGAGCAUCCCCCAGAACGAGCUGUGCCGCUCACCCAGCCUCACCGCCCUCUUCAUCUGCCUGCCCCUGCUGCUCAUCCUCGCCAGUGUCGCCUGCUGCUUCUGCAGGUGGAAGAGAACAACCAACUACAGCUUUCAGAGCAGGCCCGAGAGCCACCUCGCCAUGGCAGAGACGGGCACCGCAGCGGCGCCCGCGGAGCCCCACCACUACCUCCCCUACGAGCUGCCGGCUGCCCCGUCUGACACUGAGAAGAAGGUGCUCCUGGGGAGCCAGCUCCUGCCCCAGCCCUCGGCAGCCCUGCUGGAGAGCAGCAAGGACCUCUACGAGGAGGUGGAGAUCCACGUGGGAUCCUCCAGCGGUGCCCUGGUGCCGGCCAACGCCGGGCGGCUGGGCGCAGAGCAGGACCCUCCAGCAUCCCCGAGGGCAGAGGAGCUGGUGGGGAGUGCAGCAGAGGCAGAAACCGUGAGCGUGAGCGACGUCCUGAGGGACUCGGCCGACCGGGAGAAGAUGUACAUGAGCCAGGCGACCAACUAUUACAACCUGGUGCCUGGCAUCGAGCUGGAGGACUCAGACAACCUGGAGUACGAGAACAUCGACCUGCACUGA